AUGUACAAACAACCUCAUCCUCCACAACAGUCCACGCCUCGGGGAUGGACCAAAGUUUCAUUGUCUGAUUGGCUGUCAAACUGGCAAAAGCAGGAUCCAGCGUUGAGACGAGCCCAUGUCGCCAGGCUUGUUGAUACUCUAUCAGCGCCUGACAAUUCACCGCAUGUUCAGCAGGCCAUGAAGGAGCAGGCUUUUCAGACGCUUGAAAUGUUAUCAAAGUCAGAUCCGGCGGCGUAUGACCAAUGGCUGCCUAUUGCAAUCCGUCGGCGCCAGCGGCAAUUCGAAAAGAUCCUAGCGGAGAGGCAGGAAAGAUCCGUCGAAGAAACUCAUGCACGGGAGACUGGGCAUCAGCCUCCCCGGGAUCGGCAACAGAUGGCUGCAUUGGGCCAGGGCUUCCAUUAUGAAGAUAUUCCUCUCAUAGAUCCAACUGACCUAGCCUUUAUCACUGAGAACCCCCAGUUUCUCGGGCCACCACCUGUCUACUACAACGCCUUCGAAUCCGCCUGCCGUAAGGGUUGUCUUGCGACCGUACAGUCCACCCUAUCCUCUGAAACCUGCACAUCUACUCCUGCUUUUCUCCAUCAUGGUCUUUGCCUUGCUUUGAAAGCAGGCAACCCUGACGUUGCGCGCUAUCUUUUGGCUUCCGGUGCUCCUAUUAUUCGGAGAACGCCGGAACAUGUUCUCUCCUCCCCGUUAGAAGCGCAGAUCCCACUCUUUGAGCUUCUCUUCGAGCAUGGGUGGGCAACGAACACUCCUGGCAUGUAUGGCGCUGUCCUACUACCGUCUAUCAUGAAUAACCACACCCUUCUCGAGUGGUUUCUGGCCCAUGGAGCAGACCCUAAUUUGGGCCAGCAGCAGGAACAUUGUUUCGGUGACUCCAUUACUAACUCGUGCAGCGCACUUGAGAAAGCGGUUUAUCGAGGAGAUGUUGAGGCUGUGCGUAUGCUCCUGGACGCCGGCGCCGUAAUCCACAACGGCUUCCCUCUGCAUGCAGCUGCUGGAGCCCGUCCUCCCGAUUGGAAUCCACGUAAUGGCUAUCAAACCCUUAGCAAGGACUUCGACAGAAGUAGGAUUCCGGUCAUGGCGUUACUUGUAGAACGCGGAGCCGAUGUCAAUCAAUAUCAAGGGCCCCAGAGGGGAAACCAAGUGUCCAAUUAUGCCAUUGUUGAGGCUGUCAUGGCGGGUGCAGUAGAGCGAGUUAGGUGGCUCCUCGAAAAUGGAGCAGAUCCCACAGUGAGGGGGUCUUGGGGGAGCGCCGCAGAGUGUGUGGCCAAGAUAGGUAGCCAAGAGAUGAAGUUGGCGGUUGAGGCAGGCUUAGCUUCGAGAAAGUGGGUGGACAAAUGAGUACCGUAAGCGCUUGUA